UUGAUAUAUGUUUGAUUGGAAGUCUGAUCCUAAUGGCUGUUAGAUACUCAGAUUUGUUGUGGAAUAUGGUAUUUUUUCUUGUCUUAUCAGGGGAAGCUUCAGGGGGGUCGUAGUACUCUCCCAAGCUCGAAUUUCUUAAAAAUUGUAUAUUGUUAAAAACAAAAUUACAAAAAACAUAUCAUACUGACAAAAGUUUUCUGAAAAUUAUGACGCCUCCCCCUAACCAUGUCUCUGAAGCUGCCCCUGUGUUUCAUGAACUGUUGACUGUUGGUAUAGUAACCAUUAUUGGGCAAUUAUUGGUAUAUACACUACAUUGUGUGUUCAAUAACAUAAAUUAUACUUGAAAGUUUUAACUGAUGAUUAAUUUUAUUAACAAUAUAAAUUAUUGUCUAUUAAUUUGAUUUCUAACAAUAAUUUACCUAAAUUUGCAGUACCUAUCAAGAUAAUUCUAUUGAGUUUAUAUUACAAUUAAUGAUAUUUUCUCUUUCCUUCUGCCUACAGAUAUUUGGUUUUGUUUUAUUAUAUUUCUGGGUAAAUAAGUUUUCUGUUAGCAAAUAUUUAGACAAACUACAAUGUCUAUAGUUACAUUUGAGAAACCUGUGCCCAAAGUAGCAGAGUCAGAUUGGUAUUACAAAAUAACCGAAUUAAAAGAAUCUUGCGAUGAACACAGGCGACAUGCAUUUGUACUGAAAAAUGAAUCUCAGAGGUUAAGGAAUGAUACAGAUGUCACUACUUAUUGGGCUACACAUCGUACAAAUUCUAAGAUCUUUGACAGACGCAUUGAAAUAAUACGCUGGAAAAAUCUAAUUGAAUUAUGCUAUAAAAAUUUACAAAAAGAAAUUAAAGACUUAAAAAUUGAAAAGGAGAAAACUGAAAAAUUCAUAGAAUUUCUGAAUUUGAACUUUACUGUAACAAACCAUUGCUUAAGUAUAAGAGAUGAAAGGGGUGAUGCAGAUUUGUGCCAUGAUAUUGCAUCUAUUGAAUUAAAAAAAGAACAACGCACUUUAGAAAAACUAAAAAACUUGUUAGUCAAAGUAUGCCAAAAUGCAUGGGAAAAGAUUAAUAAGUUGGAAGAGCUGGAAAUUUAUGUUGCCGAAGACUUGGAUAAAAAGAAUAAUACAAUAAACAUAGAUACUGAGUUGUUAAAAAUGACAAAAGAUUCAAACAAUAUCUCCCUCAAACCACAUCCACUUAGAGUUCCAAAAGAUUUCAAUACAUAUGAAAAAUGGCUCCAACAGUGCAAUAAUAUUAAACAAACAAUUGAAAAUGAAUUGAUUAGUUCAACAAAAUUACGUGAAACUAUGUUCGUGCCACAAAAUAAAACUAAAAAUGAUCUGCUAACUCAAAAUGACAAAGUAAAUUAUAGUCUCAGAAGGCGUAUUUAUGAUACAGAAAGAAUUAAGAUCGAAUUAGAAUGGCAAAAAUGGAACAUGUUAACAGACAAGGCUAAAUUUUUGGAAGAAAUUGAAAAAUUAGAAAGCGCUUUGUAUAGAAAGUUGAAUCCUAAAAUGUUAGUUGAGACACGGUGCGAAGAAAGAUUGUAUAGGGCUGGUGUUGAACUGUGCCUCGAUAAAUCUACUAUUGGAUUGCAUAAAGAACAUCUUGAACUUGAUAAUACCAUCAACAUGUUGAAUGAUAAGCUAAAUCAAACAAAAACUUUGCAUAAUAUUCUUAUUGAACAAAUCAAUGUGCUGGACGAGCAACUAAAAAAUAAGACUCAUGCAUUAGAUGUUGACCAGAAAUGUCUACAGUAUAGAGUACAACUGGACGGCCGAAGUUAUAACUGGUAAUUUGUUGACUAACAUGAUGUAAAAUUUCAAACAUCUCAGAUUUUGAAAAAAAGCCGACAUUAACAUAUUUUUGGUCAAAUCUUACAAUUUUUGAGUAAGCCAAACUGAACUCACUACUGUUUUUAUUUUUUAAUAGCGCCUGCCUAUUAUUAUUAAUUAUUAUGUUCAAAAUCAACAUGUUUUAAGAAUAUUUUAUAGUUGAUGAUUUUGCAUUAUCUUGAACCUAUAAUAUUAGAAAAUAGAAAUUAAAUAUUGUAACUUGAUUUAUAUAUUUUAUUAAUUUAAAUUGUUUGAAUUUAAUUUUCCAUUUUAAAAUCUAUAGGGUACGUAUACAGAUAUAUUUCUAAAGAAAUCGCAAUCGUUAUCAUAGCCCUUUUAAAUUAUACGAUAUUAUACAAUUUUCAA